UGAGAGAGGGGGAAAAUCCUGGAGCUUUUACUUCCGGUAUAACUGCUGAACAACUGAUUACAGAGGAAUAAGUUUCAGAGUUAACAAAGUUCAAUCAUGGCACAUAUGUUUAAUAUCUCUGAUGAUUCAGAGACAGAAACAAUGGAAGACAGUGAAGACUCAAGCCUGGAUAAACACAAGAGUGGGUCGGCACAGAAAAAGCAGCACCUCACUGUUCCUGAUAGGCUGAAAGGAGAGCAACUGGGCAGACAGAGGAACCUCUCGAUGAAUGAGGAGGACUUGCUGGAAACUGGAGUUGCAGAAGAUCCUCAUAUGCUUGGGGAUCCUUUCAGGCCGAGAUCCCGCUCAGCUCCUCCUGCUUUGUGGGCAGCUAAGAAAUACGGCCAACAGCUGAGAAGAAUGAGUGAUGAGUUUGAUAAAGGGCAGAUGAAGAGAGUAAAAAGUGCAGGAACUGCGCGUCAGAUGAGUCAAUCGCCCAGCUGGUUGGCAUUUCUUUGGAGUCACAAAGAGUCUGAUGCGGAGUCGCGCCCCGCAGAGUGACUGACAGUGAAUGACUGAUGGAUGAAGACAGAAAAGAGAACUACUGUACAUAACAAUUGAUGGCAGAAAAUAAGGGUGCUCUGCUUUGAACAGAAGACAUAAUUCCACUGACUGGUUCUAAAGUCAGGAGCUGCACUGGGACCCUUGACUAUUGAAUAAGGCAUGAUCUGUUUCUCACUGGCAAGUGCAAUGGCCACGAAGACAACAAAAUGGAUUUCCUCAAGCUCUGGGAUUAUUAUGCAGUAAAUUUUAUAAAUGCGAAUGUAAACUUGCGCAAAGCACAGACUUUCUUUCAAUCUGCCGUAUCGGUUUUAAGAUGAAAUAUGUUCCAAUACAUAAACAUUAAAAACAUUAGAUAUCAUAUCUAACCGUAUUUUAGACAGUCAGCUGUACAAAAUCUGGUUUUACUGUGAAGGACCUUUGGACUCUUCAAAGGCCCAGAGUUAUCGUCAUCUCAGAGUCAUAAAAUGUCUUGGAAUUGUCCACACAAACAACAACACCAAUAAGCACAAGAGCCCAGACACAAAGAUGGGUAAAUACCCUAGACAGCAGGAACAGGGGACACCAUCGUUGCUGGUAUUACUUGAAUAUGACAGAUUUUAAAUGCCUUGUAACUUUUUUAUGAAGACAAUUAUUUUACUGUGAUGUAAUUUUUUUUUAUUGUUUGUAACCAAUAUAUUCUAAUAAAAACCUAAUAAACUA